AUGGUAGCCACUAGAAAACAAAGAGUUUUACCAUCAUGGCUAUUAAGACUUGUUGGUAUUUCCUCAAUAGCUACAGCACUUGUAGGCCUUGCUCUAUAUUGGUUCAAGAAACAUCCUUCACGUCGCCACUUAACAGGAGGUGACACAGCAAAUGUCAGUGAUGAGACUGAUGACCUUGCUGAAGACGGAUGGAGUCAAAAGAUCUUGAACAGUCUCAAGUCAACAGUUCGGAAGAAUAAGAAACGAAUGACCAUUUCAUUAAAAAAUACUGUCCUUUGGAAUCCCUCCCCUGAUGUAGAUACACCCAUUUAUGCUUUUCGAGAAAAAAGCAUUCAGUUACUCGCUCGACUCUCCUAUCUGUACGAUAUUUAUGUCAUUGUUCAUGUAAAUUCAGAAGAAGAGAAAGCGAAUAUUGGAGCCUUGUUGGCCAAUGCUUCUAAUGUAUUUAAAGAAUUGAUUGAUCCUCGUAAAAUCAUCUAUUGCUCAGAAGAAGAAGGCAAAGUACAUAUUAUUCGACAUAUUGAACCUUUUGUUCAUAUUGAAGGAGGCUGGGAAAUGGAUGAUGGUGAAGAAAUCAUCAAAACACUAAAGCCUUUUGUCAAUAAGAUUAUCUGGCUUAUGACAAGGAGAAGAAGAGAUUCUUUUAGACCCGAAAACUUAAAACAAGCAGACCGUGCUACUAUUGGUCAAAACGUAGAGAUAGCAGAUUCUUUGAUAGACACUUCAGUUGCUCGUCAAGUGAAAUAA